GUGUUUUUCUCUGAAAAAUUAAUAAUUAGGGUUACUCGAGCAUGGAGAAGUCGGUGUUGUAUCUGCCACAUGAAUUGAUGAUUGAAAUAUUUCUAAAAUUGCCGGUGAAAUCUCUUAUACGUUUCAAGUGUGUUUGUAAGUCAUGGUUUUCUCUUAUCUCUGAUCCCCACUUUGCAAAUUCACAUUUUCAACUUACCACACACACUCAUAGAAUUAUGUGUGUAUCAAAUUCUCCUACUGAAUUUUGUUCUAUAGAUUUUGAAGCAUUUCUUAACUAUGAUCCUCGUCUUUCUUCACUAAGCAUGAAUUUUUCACUUCCCGGAUCUCAUCUUCCUUUUAAAAUUAUAGGGUCUUGUAGAGGGUUUAUACUUUUGUACCGUUGUCGAGACAUCUUCCUAUGGAAUCCAUCCACUGGAUUUAAAAAACAAAUAUCUUUGUCUCCCUUAGUUUUCAAAUUAGUAACAAACUAUGGUUAUGAUAAUCUAUUCGGUUUUGGUUAUGACCAGUCAAGAGAUGAUUACUUGGUUGUUGUAUUGUACCAUGAUCCAACUGUAGCUAAUAGUUUUUCAUCACAUUUAGAGUUUUUCUCAAUUAGAGAUAAUAGGUGGAAAGAAAUUGAGGGUACUCACUUGCCUUCUUAUGACCUUAUUUAUAGUAAAGGGUUGCUUUUUAAUGGAGUUAUUCAUUGGUUGGCUCUUCGUUCCGAUUUAGAAUCCGAUUUAGAAAUAAAAGUUAUUGUUGCCUUUGAUUUAACGGAAAGGAAAUUGUUUGAGAUGCCUUUGCCAAGCGAUUAUGACUAUGAAGUUAAUUUGGACUUAGGUUUGUGGGUAUUUGAAGAAUUUCUCAGUCUAUGGGUUAAUGAAGAUCGUAAUGAUACAUUUGAAAUAUGGGUGAUGAAAGAAUACAAAUUGAAUUUAUCAUGGACUAAGACUCUUAUUCUUCCUCUUCGAUAUAUUUACUUAUUUGAGCCUAUAUUCUCUACAAAUAAUGGUGAUAUUAUUGGAACAAGCCCACCUAGUAUACUGCUCAAGUGCAACUAUAAAGGACGGGUGAUGAGAUAUCACCCCUUUUGUAAUGGUCUAUUUGACAUUGUCAAGUAUACAGAGUCUCUGCUUUCAGUCCCUUGUGAUAAUGGGCAAGAUUAUAAACUAGAAGAAUGAGUUUGUGAAAUAUACUCCUUCAAUGUUUUCUUGGUUAUUUAUAAUGAUAUUAUUAUGAUGAAAUCUUGGAUGGCUAUAUUUGAGGGAUUUGGAUUUAUGAAGUCGACUGCAUGCACUCAGUAGA